CGGCACUGCACGGCACGGCACGGCCAUUUUCUCGUGCAUUCUGAAAGCCGGACACGGCACGCCUCGCAGCUAGUCGGGCUCAAGCACUAUUGGGCAGCCUAGUCUAUAGUCUAUACGUUGCUGCGUGCUCACACAGCCUCGCGCGUGCUCCCAGCGCGUGGCCAGGCUGGCCGGCGCGCGCUAACAAAGAGAUGGCGGCCGCGGGGGCCCGCGUUGCUCUGCUCGCCGUGGCCUCGGGGCUCGCAGCCGCGGCCUCGCUCGGCGCCGCCAGCGCGCCGCGGUCUGAGGCGGAGGUGGACACCCAGCAGGAGUGCGAGCACGCGGCCGCGCGCGUCGAGGCCGUUCAGCGGCGCUCGGUGCUGACGGGCUUUCGGGCCCCCACGGAGGGGGAGGAGGAGCUGGAGGAGCCUCGCGUCGAGGCCGAGAUGGAGGGCAACCCUUAUGCGCCUGGGCCCAACGUUUACCUCGCGACCAUUGUGGAUCCAAAAAAUUUCCGCAGCUAUUGCCUGGACAUCGCCGGUUCCCCGCCCCACCCGCAGUGCGGCAGCAUCCAGGGCCACAGUUGCAAGACCGAGGGCGAGGACACCCAGUUCAAGUACGACCCCAGCAAGCAGCAAAUCCGUUCCGUCAAUUUCAAUCGGCGUUGCGACCCGCUGUACAGCGGGUCGAAAAACGGCAGAUCAUGGGAGGCGGAUUUGACCUUCACGGCUCCUGCUUGUCUCACUGUCAACGGAGACUUUGAAGCUGGGUCCACAUUCAGCCUCACGGGCUGUACCGGAGGCGACAGGCAGACAUUCUCGUUCACGAGCAGGGGGCAGUUUGUGAUGGGCGACGGUUCCUCCUCCUUAUGCGUCGUCUUGGGAAUGAACGCGACGGAGUAUACGGAUCAGGACUUUUUCACCCGCCCUGCAGAACUCCAGGACUGCGAGUCGUGGCCGACGGAGUUGUCCACGUGGGAGGUCGUUCUCCCAGACCACACCUUUCUUUCUGGCAUCGAUGCCAGCCCCUCCAGUUAGGGCCUGCCGGCAGUGAGGGACCAGCCUGCCAGCUGGAGCACAUGAUUCAGACUGAAUUAUCCUCUCUGCGAAGGUUGACCAUUCACAGGCUGCUUCCAAUUCGUUUGUUUUUUGUUGUUUUCAAUGUCUUUCGCAUUCGUGAGGCAGCACUGGGGGAUCCUCUAGGAGCGUUCUAGAGGUUAAAUGUUGAACCGGAGAGACGAGGUCUCAACCCUGGAAACCUGAGCUCCCGCCAACCCUGGAAAGG